CCAGCAUGCAUUGCUGCAUACUCUUCGCCGCUCUCUGACCGGCCUUGUGGACCGCACUCUGAGGAAAGAUGGCGGCCCUCAGUAAAUUUGUAACAGCGAAGAACUCGUCCAUAGUCAGUGGCGUCCUCCUCGCUCUCUUCCUCCUCAAGCAGAGACAGAAAGUUGCGAAGCCCAACGGUAAGAAGCCCUCCUCAGAAAUACAGCUGAACAAUGAUAAAGAAGCAAAGAAAGAUCGGGCUGCAGUGGACAAAGUUUUCUUUGCACGCCUUUGCCAGAUCUUAAAGAUAAUGGUGCCCAGGAUGUUCUGCAAAGAGUCGGGAUACCUGGUCCUCAUUGCAGUGAUGCUGGUUGCUCGGACUUACUGUGAUGUGUGGAUGAUCCAGAAUGGAACAAUGAUUGAAAGUGCAAUUAUCGGUCGAUCAACAAAGGAUUUCAAGAAGUACUUAAUGAACUUUAUUACAGCCAUGCCACUUAUCGCCUUGGUUAACAACUUCUUGAAGCUGGGAUUGAAUGAGCUCAAGCUGCGGUUUCGUGUGAGGUUGACAAGGCAUUUGUACGAUGCAUACUUGAAAGGUUACACAUACUACAAAAUGGGUAACCUGGACAACCGUAUUGCCAAUGCUGACCAACUACUGACUCAGGAUGUAGAGAAAUUCUGUAACAGCGUGGUGGACCUGUACUCCAACUUGAGCAAGCCUCUUCUUGACAUAGCUCUGUACAUCUUCAAGCUAACAAGUGCAAUUGGAGCACAGGGGCCUGCUUGCAUGAUGGCCUACCUGCUCAUCUCAGGACUCUUCCUCACAAGGUUGCGGAGACCCAUUGGUAAAAUGACAGUGAUGGAGCAGAGGUAUGAGGGGGAAUACAGAUAUGUCAACUCCCGCCUCAUUACCAACAGUGAGGAGAUUGCCUUCUAUAAUGGGAACAUAAGAGAGAAACAUACGAUUUACUCUACGUUCCAGAAACUUGUUGACCACUUGCAUAACUUCAUCUUCUUCCGUUUCUCUAUGGGAUUCAUAGACAGCAUCAUUGCUAAGUACUUUGCCACUGUGGUAGGAUAUCUGGUGGUAAGCCGGCCAUUUCUGGAUCUGUCACACCUUCGCCACAAGCAGAGUACACAUGCAGAACUUUUGGAGGACUAUUACCAGAGUGGCCGCAUGCUACUGCGCAUGUCUCAGGCUUUGGGCAGGAUAGUGCUUGCCGGCCGGGAGAUGUCCAGACUCUCAGGAUUCACAGCUCGUAUCACAGAGCUCAUGAAGGUCCUCAAAGAGCUCAAUGCCGGCAAAUACGAGCGAACCAUGGUCUCCCAGGAUAAAGAAAAUGAAGUCUUGGAAAAACUUUCCCUUGUUCCUGGGAAUGGGGUGAUUAUCAACACAGACAAUAUCAUCAAAUUUGACCAUACACCCUUGGCGACUCCCAACGGAGAUAUCCUGAUUAGAGACUUGUCCUUUGAGGUGAAGUCUGGGACUAAUGUUUUGGUCUGUGGUCCUAAUGGUUGUGGAAAGAGCUCACUCUUUAGAGUCCUUGGGGAACUUUGGCCCCUUUUUGGUGGGCGUCUCACCAAACCUGAAAGGGGAAAGUUGUUCUACGUUCCUCAGAGGCCAUAUAUGACACUGGGAACCCUGAGGGAUCAGGUGAUCUACCCAGACACCUAUGAAGAUCAGAAAAAGAAAGGGAUCUCUGACAAGGUGCUGAAGGAGUACCUGGACAAUGUCCAACUGGGGCACAUUCUCGAGAGGGAGGGUACCUGGGACACUGUACAGGAUUGGAUGGAUGUCCUGAGCGGAGGGGAGAAGCAGAGGAUGGCGAUGGCAAGACUGUUCUACCACAAGCCUCAGUUUGCUAUCCUGGAUGAGUGCACCAGUGCAGUGAGCGUUGAUGUAGAGGACUACAUCUACAGCCACUGCAGAAAGGUUGGGAUCACUUUGUUCACAGUUUCCCACAGGAAGUCUCUGUGGAAACACCAUGAGUAUUACCUUCACAUGGAUGGGAGGGGAAACUACGAGUUCAAGGCCAUCACCGCUGAAACUGUGGAGUUUGGGUCAUAAGUAGCAGGCGACUGCACUCUUCCACAUCAGGCAGGAGUGAUAAGCACUAAACCAAGUCUUUGAAUCACGUGUAGAGGAUUCAGUUCUUUAAUUAAAUAAACCUUAGUUCUGCUGACACUAUUUAACGUUCUGACGUUUUAAUAAUUAUUUCUGUAAAUGUGUAAUUUAGAAUUUUAAUGUCCUCUCAAACACUGGACUGCCUUCAUGGAGAUUAGUGAAUAGGCUAAUCUCAAAUGUUUCCCCUCAUGUUUCUAAUGACUGAAUUGUUGUAGUAAUUAACAGUUAGGAAUGAAUCAGCUGUGGGAUUCAGUCCAAGAAGUGUAGAAAUGAGUUUUCUGGUUAAGAUCGGGAACAGGUAACCUGGGUCCAUGAGCCCUGAAAGCACUUGUGACUCUUCAUCCAACCAAAGUGUUUAAUACAUCAUGGCAUUGAUUGCUGUGGUAUGUGAAUGCACAUGACCAUGGUAUCCAAGGCAUUCAGUGACUGAAAUGUGUUUUCUGUGUCAUAGACAUUGAUCAGACUUGGUACCCAGGGACUCAGUGUGUACUGACCUUGUUCAUUUGUAUGGGCUUUGAUGGCACGUGAAACAAAAAGCUUUUUUUUUUUUUUUUUUUUUUUUAAAAUUUAAAAAAGUUGGACAUAGGGUUAUUUGACCUCUAUAUUGUAAACUGUUGGUUCUGCCGAGGCCUUCCUUACACUAGGCCAGGAUGGAGAAACGCACAAAGCACCAGAGGUUAGGAAACAUCGAUUUGUGCAGUUCGGCUUCUAAAGUCCAAGGAGAUGUGUGGAUUUGCAGAACCACAGCCUUCUUUUUCUUAAGUAUUAAAAACACUUGACUUCCUCAGUUUUCAAAUUUAUAGAAUUAAUGUAUUGUUUCAACUGUAAAAAGAGAACCUUUGUAAAACUUGAUUUUAUACCAGUCUAUGGUAACAUAGGAUUGUACUCAUAAAGCACGUGCAUGAAUCUAGGAUAUGCUAAAUUGUACAUUUUCAUUAAACAGAAGUAACC